GUGGGUGGCGCGAACAGCCGGUUCAUCCCGAGUGCAGCCUCUGUGAGGAAAACUGUCGCUCGCCCACCGCCAGUGGCCAGCUAUCAACAUGAGCGGCCUGGAUAGGGGCGAGAGGACCCCUCUGCCCGAAACCUGCAGCAUCACUAUUCCCGACAAUGCCCCAGGAGACCCGGACCGACACCACUGCCAGAGCCUCCGAGAGAAAACCGAGGCGACACAGGUGAUGGCGGAGACGGGUAAGGGCAACUUGAAGACCGUUGCGCUCCCACCGCCCCAGCUUCCAGAGAAGGGGGACGCACCCCGGGACCCCGCGGGCUGUGGCCAUACUUGCCAGAUCCGAGUCAGUGGGGCUCGCAGUCACCUAGCGACCAUAGAGGGGAAGGAAGAGGCUGCGCGUCCCACAGAGGGCCUGAAAGCAGCUUUUGCCUCAGUCUCAGUGGCAACUGAUGGCAGCCUGAAAAAUGACUGUCAGUGUGGAGAGCCUCGCGGCCCUGGUGGGAAGAAGGCCCUAGAAACCUGUGACGAAGGGAGGUCCGGGUCUGAGGUGAUAGUUGGGGCGAAGGCCAAGGAAAUGAAGCCUGAAAGGUGCGCCAUCUUCGCAGUAGCAGUGGAUGAGGAGAGGGCUGAGGUGGCGGUGGAGAGGAUGGAGAAGGAAGGAGUGAUGGAGGAGAAGGUAGUGGAGGAGGUGAUGAAGGUGGAAGAGAAGCCAGUAGGUGAAGAAAUGGAAGUGGUGGAAGAAAGUAGAGUGAUAGAGGAGGCAAGGCCCCGGCCCCUGAGUAGGGAUCUCCACAUGAACCCUCUGGAGGCCAUUCAGCAGGAGCUGGACACCGUAAAUGCUCAGGCUGACAGAGCCUUUCUGCAGCUGGAGCAGAAGUUUGGGCGGAUGCGUCGACACUACUUGGAGCGGAGGAACUAUAUCAUUCAGAAUAUCCCUGGCUUCUGGGCCGCCGCCUUUCGGAACCAUCCCCAGCUGUCCGCUAUGAUUAGGGGCCAAGAUGCAGAGAUGCUAAGGUACAUAACCAGUUUGGAGGUGAAGGAGCUCAAACACCCUAGGACGGGCUGCAAGUUCAAGUUCUUCUUCCGAAGAAACCCCUAUUUCAGGAAUAAGCUGAUUGUCAAGGAAUAUGAGGUCAGAUCCUCAGGCCGAGUGGUGUCUCUUUCCACUCCCAUCAUAUGGCGCAGAGGCCAUGAACCCCAGUCCUUCAUUCGCAGGAACCAAGACAUCAUCUGCAGCUUCUUCACCUGGUUUUCAGACCAUAGCCUUCCAGAGUCUGACAGGAUUGCUGAGAUUAUCAAAGAGGACCUGUGGCCAAAUCCACUGCAGUACUACUUGUUGCGUGAAGGGGCCCGUAGACCCAGGCUUCGCCCAAUAAGGGAGCCGGUGGAGAUCCCCAGGCCCUUUGGAUUCCAGUCUGGUUAACCUUUGCCCUUGGAAAUCCUCUAGCACAAGGUCCCCUACCACCUCCUUUGAGACCUGUGCUUGGGCAAUGGCAGGGGUAUGAUUUCUACUUUUUCUGUGCUGAUUUUCUGCAUCUUCCCUCUGGACAUUCAGUUCUCUCACCCUCAGGAUUCAGACUUCCAUGCUCCUCCACUUUCACAUGAUCUUUAUGCUGUUCACCUCACCUUGUAUAAACAUCACAUACUGCAUGGCCAUGGUUCACACCACUUGUAAGGCAAGCAAAUGAUGCUAUAAAUUACACUUUAUCUGCACUGCUUGGACCCUGUUUGUUUCCAGGGCCUCUGGUCUGGCUACUACCACCUGCAUUUCUACCUUUGGCUAGAAGCUCAUUCUACACACCUUGCUCUGCAUCUGGAAGUACAGGCACAUGGCCUGUGGACAAUUGCUGGGCAUUAAUAAUGUCAAGGGAGAGAAGCAGUGGCCCGCUCGGUUUAUGUGAUUUAUGUGACUCCAUUGUUCUUCCUACUCUUGUCACUUUCUCUUGCUACCUGCUUCUGGCUAUGCCUAGUCUCCUUGGCUGCUGCCUUCUGAAUGAACAUCUUCCAGACUCUCAUCAGCCUCACUGUCUGGUUUCUAGUAAACAAAGAUCUUCAAAACUGUUGGUGGACCCAGGUUUCCUGCCAUCACACAAAAGACACUUCAGUUCCUCAUACCUCCAACCCCCAGUCUCCCAGAAACCCUACUGACUCCCAGGCAAGUGGUUAGAGCCAUCCUCAACCAGUGAAUUCACAAAAACCUAGGUACUUUUGUUUGCCUCCCUUCCUAAUUCUGAACAUAGAUUAAGUUUCAGGGUAGCAGUAAACUUUUCUGUCUUAUCUCUCUCUUUAAAAGAAAAAAAAAGUGAUAGCUGAGAAACAUCUGCAAAAGCAGGCUUUUAGUUUAAUUUGGCUGUCUCAUUUCCAGAAAACAUUUCCUGUAAAAUAGACUGCCAGAGCUCUUACUGUUUCCUCUGCUCUUUUGCCAACUCCCCCACUCUCUCUUUUUAACAACACCUAGAGAGUUUAAAGAGAGACAUCUGAAUGGAAUGAAAGAUGAUUUCUAGUUUAGAAUGGAUGGAAAAA